ACGUUUGAGAAAACCGUCAGAAUGUCUACAUAUUUGUUGGCCUUCUGUGUCAGUGAUUUCCACUUUAUUUCCGAUCAAAAUGCAAAAUUUAGUGUCUGGGCGAGAGCCGGUGCCAUCGCCACUGCCAACUACUCUCUAGAUGUGGGCCCAAAAAUACUCCAAUACUAUGAAAAUUAUUUCAACAUUUCUUACCCUUUGCCAAAAAUGGAUAUGGUAGCCGUUCCCGACUUGAAUGCCGGUGCGAUGGAGAAUUGGGGUCUAAUUAUAUAUCGCGAGACAGCAAUGCUUUACGACCCGUCGGUCUCGUCGUCGCAUAACUUGCAAAGAGUGGCCACAGUUAUAGGUAAUGGCUAUCCAUUCAGGCUCAACGAGGGAUUUGCAUCUUUUAUGGAGUACGAGGGCGUGAAUGCCGUUCACCCCAAAUGGCAAAUGUCUCAGCAGUUUGUUGUCGACGAAAUACACGAUGUGUUUGAAUUGGAUUGUCUAACGACUUCUCAUCCCAUAUCAGUUCCUGUUCAUAAUCCCGAUGAAAUUAAUGAGAUUUUUGAUAGAAUUUCCUAUGGAAAGGGAGCAUCUAUUAUACGAAUGAUGACUUAUUUC